UUGCCUCCGCCUCCCUCCCCUCCUCCCUCAGGGCAGCCAUGGACAGUGCAGCUCCCAGUCCUGCUGUCUUGGUUUUCUCUUGGAUCUGAGAGGACUCUGGGGGGUAGUGCUCAGCUCAUACAAGGGGAAGCGGGAUGACAGGGGUCUGAGGACUUGCAGCUCUGCCAAGAUCAUUGCCACCUUCCCUGCCCACCCCUUUCCCCGGUGCUGGAAGCAGUUUUUAAUUUCUCUGAAUGAAGAACAGCCCCUUUUAUGUCUUCGGACAUUUCCCCCUAAGAUUUCUCAUCUCAAGGCCACUAGUCCCUAAUUAUCACCACGGAAGUCCUCAGUUUAGCUUUAGGUGCACAAAAGGUAGAGUGUCCAGUAGUUAGAAGUGGGGUGGGAAGGGAGGAAGUCAGACCAGGCCAAGCGUCAGGAAUUCCCGGUCUCCACUGGGGCACCCACUUGCUGAACAGUCUGAGCCAAGUCCUCCCUGAUGGGGAAAAGCCUGGAAUGGCCUCAAGAAGCAAAGGGGAAAACUCUCAAGUUAGCAAAGUCAGCAGGAGGUCCGCAUAUUCUACCUAGAAAGGCUGAGGAAAAAGAUGGGAGCUGGGAAGGAUUUGGGGGCAGGAAACAGAAUGGAAUAGGAAGCCAGAAGGUAGAACUUAGAAUUCAGAACUUGAGCUUGAACUGCAGAAUUUGGAAUAGAGAAUUGGGAAAAUAGAACAGAGGUGACAGAAGACCACUUGGGGAGGGGUUCCCAAUACAGGACAGUAGGAGAGAGGCUCAUCUGUUCUAUGUAAUGAGGUUGAGAACGUGGAUGUGUAGUGCUGGCCCUUCUGUGCAGGGAGAGUCUCCUGCCUUCCCUUCUUUCUUCCCACAGGCAAGCUACCGGCCAGGGCUUGUAUUUCCCUCACUCUGCAUUCCUUUUCUCCCUCUUCACAUUCUGUCAGCCCAACCCACAUUCUACUGGGCCACUGGAUGUGUAGAGUGGGGUCAGUGACUUUGGGAGCCUCCUCAGUUAUCCCUACACCUCAUGAACCUCUGGGUAGAUUGAUCCUGCCUCCCUUUCAGGAGAACUUAUGUUGGAGUCGCUGAUGGAACCAAUUAAAUAUUUACUAUAAACUACGGUGUUGUUUCUUCAUCUGCAGGGACCUUUGGCAGUUGCCUGCGGCAGAACUGAGCAGAGGGGGCCAGCUUCCCAGUUCCGCCUGGCUGAUCUAACUCUGGAGGGUAUUGGGUUCCGUGAGCUACUCUCUGGGAGGCAUCUUCAGCUCCUCCCAGGCCAGAAGGAACUCCCCUGUUAUGACCACUGAUUCAGGACAUCAGUAUUUCUACCUCUAGAUAAGUAGGAUCUACACCAAAAGUCCUGAGCCCUGUCUGUACAAUUCAUACCAGGGGUAGGAAACACUUGAGGCUGUCAAAUGCUGCAGAGCUGCCACUCUGCCCUGGGCAAAUUGGGCCUAAAAUGGGGGAAAUUAUUGAUGCUCCUGUGGGAAAAACAAGUCUAAGAUGGCAUUGAUGCCCACCCAGACUUGCUGCCCUCACUAGUGUGGGAUCUUAACGUGAACAUGACAGUGGUUAAGAAUCCAGGUUAUGGAGACAAACCCACAGCAGUCCAAGUCUUGGCACUACUACGCUGUUGUGUUAUUUUGGGCAUAACAAACAUUCAUUUAACAAAUACUUGGCAGGGUGCCUACUAGUUAUUCCUUUAGGCGCUGGGAAAAGAAUGAACGAAGCACUUAACAGUCUUUGACCUUAGCCUGUUUCCUGCUUUUAGAGGACAGCGCGAGAGCGUUGGCGGCUGGCACCCGCCCUGACAAGCCAAGCGCCCCAGCCUGCCCACUGCCAUCCCGCCCAGCCCCUGCCGGCUCGGCGCGCCUCACUUCCGGCCUCCAUGCCUCGCUUCCGGCUGGCCUCUCCUUCCUUCUGCUUCUCUAUGGCUCGCGGGCCGCAGUCGUUCCUGCCGGCGGAAGUGGCUCGCUUUCCCGGGCAGGUUCUGGGCGCCGUGCGGUGUUCAGCAUUAAGAUCACCCGUGUGCCAUCUAAGGCCAGAUCAUCUUCAUCAGCUUCCCCAGUGGAGUGCCUCCUGUGUUACUGUCCACAACGACCCCUGAGGUCUCUGCUGUUUCCUCCUGACCUCAUCAAACAACCAUGUCAUCAGAAUCAAGCAAAAAACGGAAGCCCAAAGUGAUCCGAAGUGAUGGAGCCCCAGCUGAAGGGAAGCGUAAUCGUUCUGACACUGAGCAGGUCAAGCCUGGAAUUCUCGUGGCUCUACAGAACUUGAGUAUCCACGUCAGAUUUAGCUUCAGCAUCCCAAGAAGCAACAAGCCUGUAAUAGACAUGAUUAAUGCAUGAACAGAGAAUGCACUCUAGUAUGGCGUGUCUCCAGUUUUCCUGAUGGUCAGAAGAAGGCAGUCCAUCUGCAGACGCCUCUGGAGCUUUGGCGACGUGGCAUCCCUGGUCUGCUGCAGAGACAGUGUCAGAACCAUAUGCCCGCAGAACAUCUGUAGCCUGAGAGCCCACAUGGAAGGUAAAUACUACAGUGAGGAGGCUGAGGUGGACCUGCGGGACCCAGGCAGAGACUAUGAGCUGUACAAGUACACAUGCCAGGAGCUGCAGAGGCUCAUGGCCGAGAUCCAGGACCUGAAGAGCCGGGGAGGCAAGGAUGUGGCAGUUGAGAUAGAAGAUCGGAGAAUCCAGAGCUGUGUGCAUUUCAUGACUCUGAAGAAGCUUAACCGAUUAGCCCACAUCAGGUUGAAGAAAGGAAGAGAUCAAACCCAUGAGGCCAAGCAGAAAGUAGACGCGUAUCAUCUGCAGCUCCAGAACCUGUUGUAUGAGGUGAUGCACCUGCAGAAGGAGAUCACCAAAUGUCUGGAGUUUAAGUCAAAGCACGAAGAAAUUGAUCUGGUCAGUUUAGAGGAAUUUUAUAAGGAGGCUCCUCCAGAUAUCAGCAAAGCUGAAGUCACCAUGGGAGACCCUCACCAGCAAACCCUUGCACGUCUGGACUGGGAACUGGAGCAGCGGAAAAGGCUGGCGGAGAAGUACCGAGAGUGCCUGUCCAACAAGGAGAAGAUCCUCAAGGAGAUCGAGGUGAAGAAGGAGUACCUGAGCAGCCUUCAGCCUCGUCUCAACAGCAUCAUGCAGGCUUCCCUCCCAGUGCAGGAGUACCUGUUUAUGCCAUUCGACCAGGCUCACAAGCAAUAUGAAACAGCCAGACACCUGCCGCCUCCCCUCUAUGUCCUCUUUGUCCAGGCUACUGCAUAUGGUCAGGCUUGUGCUCAUAUGAAAUCCUCCCAGCCCCCUAGACAGGAUAAGACGUUGUCCGUGGCAAUCGAAGGCAGUGUGGAUGAAGCCAAGGCUCUGUUUAAGCCUCCCGAGGACUCUCAAGAUGACGAGAGCGACUCAGAUGCUGAGGAGGAGCAGACCACGAAACGCCGGCGACCCACGCUUGGAGUUCAGUUGGAUGACAAGCGCAAAGAGAUGCUGAAGAGGCACCCACUGUCCGUCAUGCUGGACCUGAAGUGCAAAGAUGACAGUGUGCUUCACCUGACUUUCUACUACCUCAUGAACCUCAACAUCAUGACGGUCAAAGCCAAAGUGACGACUGCCACGGAGCUGAUCACCCCCAUCAGUGCAGGUGACUUGUUGUCUCCUGACUCAGUCCUGAGCUGUUUGUAUCCUGGGGAUCAUGGAAAGAAGACUCCAAAUCCAGCCAAUCAGUAUCAGUUUGACAAAGUUGGCAUCCUGACUUUGAGAGACUACGUACUUGACCUAGGUCACCCCUAUUUGUGGGUACAGAAGCUCGGUGGCCUCCACUUCCCCAAAGAACAGCCCCAGCACACGGUGAUUGCUGACCACUCACUGAGCGCCAGCCACAUGGAGACCACCAUGAAACUGCUGAAGACCAGGGUUCAGUCUCGCCUGGCCCUCCACAAACAAUUUGCGUCUCUGGAACAUGGCAUUGUGCCAGUUACCAGCGAUUGCCAGUACCUUUUCCCUGCAAAGGUUGUCUCUCGCCUGGUAAAGUGGGUGACGAUUGCCCAUGAGGAUUACAUGGAGCUGCAUUUCACCAAAGACAUUGUGGAGGCAGGACUGGCUGGAGACACCAAUCUCUACUACAUGGCUCUCGUGGAAAGAGGCACAGCCAAACUCCAGGCUGCUGUGGUGCUGAAUCCUGGCUACUCCUCCAUCCCACCCAUCUUCCAGCUCUGUCUCAACUGGAAAGGGGAGAAAACCAACAGCAACGAUGACAAUAUUCGGGCCAUGGAGAGCGAGGUCAACGUGUGCUACAAGGAGCUGUGUGGCCCCCGGCCCAGCCAUCAGCUCUUGACCAACCAGCUGCAGCGCCUGUGCGUACUGCUGGACGUCUACCUGGAGACGGAGAGCCACGAUGACAGCGUGGAGGGGCCCAAGGAGUUUCCCCAGGAGAAGAUGUGUCUGCGGCUUUUCAGGGGUCCCAGCAGGAUGAAGCCCUUUAAAUAUAACCAUCCUCAAGGAUUCUUCAGCCAUCGCUGACCUCCCGCUCAGCCUGUUGUUUCCCCCUAGGCCCCAAGUGCUGUGCCUCUGCUGUCUGCACUGGCCCACACAUGGCUCUUGAUAGUCUCCAAAGACAAGUGUUUUACUUUGAGCCUAUUAAAGUGCUGCCCGACCAAG